UGUAAAAUAAUGGUCGCAGUCAUUCAUGCAGGAGAUCUUUACAUUUACGCCUGGAGGGUAUUAAUCGAUCCCAGCGAUGUGAAGGUACCUACCUACUGGGACACGACACGUGACUAGAUGUUUGUUCUGUUUGCAGAGAGAGCUUAAAGCUCCAAAGCUCAAUUUGGAGAGUAACCCCGCAUCGUCAACACCACAUCACACAACCAUGCAGCGCCGAAUGUUAACAAAAGAAGACGAGGCCGCGACCGGAGGGGAUGAAGUGGAAGUUCGGAGAGAGGACCAGGACAAGAUCAAUAAGUUCAGCCGGCUACACCAGAGGGAAAUUGCACUUGAGGAGGAGCUGAAGACGAAACAUAAAGAGAAAGAGGACCUCGACGACAUCUCGAAUGAGUUAGAGCUCGCAGAUGAAGACGACAAGAUCCCCUACAAAAUCGGCGAUUCGUUCAUCUCAUUGCCUCUCUCCGAAGUCCAAGAAAUGCUAGAGGCUUCGACGAGCAAGAUUGAUGAGAAUGUUUCGGCACUGGAGGAGAAGCUGAGCACGACACGGGAGGAAAUGGAUCAAUUGAAGGUGGAGCUGUAUGGCAGGUUCGGAAAGAGCAUCAACCUAGAGACGUAGGGAGGGUGGAUACAGAAUAUAAUGAUACCCAGCAAGAACAACAAGGUCCAGUUACACUGCUUGAGAGGGGUGGUCGAAAGACAGGAGCAAGGCUCAGGACCGCAAUGCUCGAGUUUCUCCCGAUGUCGGCAAAGCGUGAUUCCCAUUCGUGUUCUGCAUGUCACAAGUCCUCUGGGGCCACGCUGCAGUUCAGUUAUCUUAGC